GCUCAAACUGCAAAGGGUGUCGCGAAAGCUGCCAAGAAACUGUUAAAACUCUGACCUAGGGAGGCGCUGGAGACUUUUAUUCCAAGCAUUUCAAUCCGCAGUUCAAUGAUGAUGCUACUGAAGUCACUAGCAUCCCUCUGCCUCCUGGCGGCUGCUGCCUUUGCUGUCCCUGCUCAGGAGAAGCGCAUCCAUCACCAGACUGAUCUGAGUGACCACGCCCACAACGAUGUUCACGGCUUCCAGUACGACCAUGAGGCCUUCCUGGGAAAAGAGGAGGCCAAGACCUUUGAUCAGCUGACCCCAGAGGAGAGCAAAGACAAAUUAGCGAAGAUUGUGGACCGCAUUGACAUGGACAAGGAUGGCCAUGUCAGCCAUGCAGAGCUGCACUAUUGGAUCAAACACCGGCAGAGGAGGUACAUCGCAGAGAAUGUGAACAAACACUGGAAGGACUAUGACCAGAACCAAGACGGAAAGAUAGGCUGGGAAGAGUACAAAAACACCACCUAUGGCUACUAUCUGGACGAGGUGUUUGAUGACAUCGAAGACAAGGCCACCUAUAAGUCCAUGCUCACCCGGGAUGAGAGGCGCUUCAAGACAGCCGACCGAGACGGUGACCGUAUAGCCACACGAGAGGAGUUCACUGCCUUCCUUCACCCGGAGGAGUUUGAUUACAUGAGAGACGUUAUAGUGCAGGAAACCAUGGAAGACAUCGAUAAGAACGGCGAUGGCAAGAUCGACAUAGCGGAGUACAUUGGUGACAUGUUCACAUCAGAAGAUGGGGAUGGCGAGCCGGACUGGGUCCAGACAGAGAAGAAACAUUUCUUGGAGUUCAGAGAUGCCAACAAGGAUGGCUACCUGGAUGCUGAUGAGGUGGCCCACUGGGUUCUGCCAGGAGAGGUUGACCAUGCCGACAAUGAAGCCAAACAUCUGAUCCAUGAGACUGACACCGACAAGGACCAGAAAAUAACCAAGGAGGAGAUUCUCGCCAACUGGAACAUGUUUGUGGGCAGCCAGGCGACCAAUUACGGGGAGGACUUAACAAAGAGACACGAUGAACUUUGAUGAGCUGUCUGAAGCUCAUUGGGAGAAUAUGGUUACCAUGGUUUUGGGGUGGGGAAUUCUGACUUUGGGGUAAAGGGUGUGAUUAUGUAUCUUUGGCUGCACAUACAUACACAAAUCCAUUCAAAUUCAGCAUUCACUCAUGUACUGUGUAUGUGAAUACAGACACUACGUUUCUAUCUUUGCUUAAUUUACCAAGUGAAUGAUUGUAAGGUUUAUAACUGAGAUGACAGACUGGCAUCCAGCUGACAGUUCUUUUUCUAUGAGCCUGAUGGGUUCAAACGUGGUUCCCAACACAUGGGGACACAUGUUGUGUUACAAAGACAAGCAAACUUUAGGGAUACUGAAUUUUUAUCUGAGAUGGACACAUUUACAAGAAGGCAUGUGAACAAUUGCUCUCAAAGUGUAUGGAAUGUGGUGACUUCAGGAGGUUUGACUAUUAAAGUCUUUUUUUUUUACAAAUGCAGUUAUUUAUUUUGCAUUAACUACUCUGGAAUCUACAGUUACAUAAGUGUAUAUUAUAUUGUGAAUUUGAGGACAGUGUAGCUCUCUACAUGAGGGGAUUUUCUGGUUACUGGCAGUCUGACUACUUGCCUACAAUAAGACAUUUAGUUUGAAGAGUUAAACUUGCUAAAGCAGAUGUAUGGCUAUUUAUCAACUUUCAGCAGAAUCACAGUAGUCCAAAAGAAUAAUUCCUAGCAGUUAUGUAAUUUUAUAUAUAAUAAAAUCAGUUUUUGUUAUUGUAAUGUGUAUUGCAUCACAUCAAUAGUGACAGAUAUUAAUCCUCUAUCUGCUCAGUAUUUGUCAUCAAAUGUACUAGCUUUAGGCUACUUGAGUACUUACUUCAAAAUAAAGCUCACAACCAUAACAGUGUUCUCACCAUUUAAUGAAACACAAAACUAAUUUAGGGUCAACCAAUCUGAAUGUUUAAAAACAGUGAGUAAUGUGACAUAGAAAAGAGGGUACAUGUGAUAGAUGAACUUCAGACUGAUAAGCUAAACUAUUUUCAGAUUCAAAAAGAAAGAAAGUUAGUUCAUCAUUUACAGCUCUGCAUAAUAUAUUUUCUUUACAGUGUGUAAUUAAGAUGUUUCCACUGUAUAAAGAAAUACAUAUAGUAGGCUAAUGGUUGAAUUCUCAAGUCAUAACCUAGCGUCAUCUGUGCACACCUUUUAAACCAGUUAAAAAUACAGAACUUUAGACAACUAUAAAUAUAAGUGACUGUUAUAUGUUGCAUGUCAGGUUGAGAAUAGACCCACAAAAUUCAGACAGCUGUUCUUUACAGUCUUCUGCUCACGUUAGUGCAGCUUCAUAAGUGUGAAGAGAAAUAGUUCAGGUAACUUAGAAAAGUGAAAGUCUCUCGACAGUCAGUGUUUGGUUUGUCUGUUCUGGGCUCCCGUAGAAAAAUUACGGAAUUCAUGAAGAGAACCGUCUCCAUGUGUAAGUAUAUAGGGCUCACUCUAAGCUAACAAAAAUACAUUCUUAGUUUCAGGUCAUUACACGGUAAUGAAAACAGUUAUGAAUAUUAUAUUCCAUUUCAAAAUGAUCAUUUCUGCUAUGCGGUUCAGCCAUAUGUCUGGGCUUUUAUCUCUCUCCAAUGACUAAAUGUAGAAUAAAAGCCAUAUGUAUUUAUUUCCAUAUA